AUGUUCGCGCUGGAGUGGCGCCUUCUGCGAGAGCUCCGUCUCAGCAUGCGGCACAAGAUCCUGGCGCUCAUCGUCCGCUACGGCGUGCCCGCGAUCUGGUUCACGAUCAACCCAAACGACAUUACGAACCCGGUGAAGCUCCGACUGGCAGCGUACCGCACGCGCGACCCUGAGGCGGCCGAGGAGUUCCUGCGGAGCCUCGAUAUGUCGUUCAAACGGGGGGGGAGUUCGGUGUUCGGGCGCAUCAGCCAGUACUACGGUGCCGUGGAGACCAACGAACGAGGCUCCCUUCACGUCCACGGGCUGCUCUGGUUACACGGAAACGCGCACCUGAGCUCCAUGCUUUCCGACGUCCACGACGAGGAACAAUCGGCGUACCGCGAGCGAAUCGUCCGCUAUGUCGAUAGCGUCUGCGAGCAGGACUUGGACCAGGAAGGCUUCUGCGCCGUCCAGGCGGAGCGUUCGGUGACCUCUGACGUCUCCUCCCUGCUGGACAGCGCCGAGCGGUUCUCGGCCGCAUUUGAAGAAGAAGCCAACUUCUGCGCCGGCGCGACGCAGAUCCACACCCAUAGCCCGACAUGCGUCAAGUAUUCCCUGGGCAACAAGGGGCGAAAGGCCGACCUCUGUCGCUUCAAGGCGCCAUGGAAGCUGGUCGAGAAGAAACAAGUGGUGCGCAAUUGA